AUGUAUCCUAAACAACGACCCACACCACCAGAAGUAUCGGAAUGGAUGGCAAAAGAUUUGGUUGUAGAUAGCGUAGAAAAAGCUUCACGUUUCCAAAGAAAAGAAGAUAGACAAAAUUUAAUUGUUAGCCGACGAUUUUUUUCCGAUUUAUUAAGUUUAUCAUUUGAACGUUAUCGAAAAAUUUUAACAUGUAAUUUUGAAAAGAACAGUUUUCUUAAAAAUCAACGUGCAAAAUCCGAAACAUCAAUGCCUGGUCUUCGUCCAUAUGUGGAUCAAUUAAUGUUUGAUGGUACUGAUCAUACUUCAUCUGGAUAUAAAAAUGAUGGAGAAGGAUUAACAAGCCCAUCAUCGCAUUCACUUUUUUCUCGUCCAGAAACAAGAUCUGAUUUAACAUUUAAUCGAAGACCACAAUCAACACUUACACGAGUUAAAACAGCACUACCUAUGAAAGCUCAACCUGAAAUAGCACGUGCUUUAACUCCAAAAUCAUCUAAUAGCCAACGACCUUUAACUGGACUACCAUCAGCACGUGACCGCAUUAAUCAUUCAUCUCAAUCACGAAGACCUCAACUUGAUUUAUCAUUUUCCAGUUCAAAACGAUCGAUGAUUCAAAGACCUGUAACUCGACAACCAAUAUCUCGUGAACGACUUGAUUUUUUAGCUCAACCAAAAAAUCAUCGUUUUAAAUCAGCUGGUGCUGAUCAUAUUCGAACCAGUAUGACUGAACAAGCGAUAACAUCUAAUGAAGCUUUAGAUGAAUAUGAUCAACUACAAAUGCAAAAUGCUUCAUCGGAAAAACCUAAAAGUGCUGCACUUGAUAAUCGUUUUAAUGAUUUAAUGGAUGUUUUCUCUAAAGUGCAUCAUGGACGAAGUUCAAAAACUCAAUCAGUUAAAAGUAUUAUACAGAAUAAUACUUCAUUACAAGAUGAACGAGGCCGUUGGAAAAUGGUACGUCCGCCAGUAACAAAUCGUCGACCUACAUUUCGAAAUCGUCAUGAAACACUUGCUGAUAAACUUACUAAUAAAGUGGAUAUAUUUUUAAUUGAUGUUGGUGCAUAA